ACCUUACAAGCUGUAGGAAAUGCACCUGAGAAGCGUGAAAGUUGGACUCCGGCAGUCAAUCCAACAAGAUUAGCUGUUUAAAAGCCCGAAACCAAAAACUGGUGAACAUCAGUCUUGAAGAAACAAACAUCAUACUCUCUUCAUAGAUCGACAGUUUAGAAAUAGAGAGAAGCAAGAAAAUGAAGCUGAAGAUAUAUGCAGAUCGAAUGUCCCAGCCAUCACGGGCAGUUCUUAUCUUCUGCAACGAUAAGGAUCCACCAGAGCACAGAUCAAUAGAGCAUAUACUCACACAAACAAUACUAUCUACAGAGAGAGAAUCGGCAGCGACAAUGGCGUUGAAAGUGUACGGACAUCGUGGUUCCCAACCGACACGCGCUGUUAUGAUCUUCUGCAAGAUUAAUGGAAUUGAGUUUGAGGAGAUCACAAUUGACUUGUCUAAGAAUCAGCAUAAGACUCCUGAAUUCAAAGAGAUAAACCCUAUGGGAAAAGUGCCAGCCAUAGUUGACGGAAGAUUCAAGCUGUUUGAAAGCCACGCAAUCCUUAUCUACCUGGCUUGUGCAUUUCCUGGAGUUGCUGACCAUUGGUAUCCGGCCGAUCUUUCCAAGAGAGCUAAGAUUCAAUCGGUGUUGGAUUGGCAUCACUCGAAUUUACGAGAGGGAGCACGUAAAUAUGUUGUGAAUACUGCACUGGCGCCUGCACUUGGCCUACCCCUGAAUCCACGAGCUGCUGCCAAAGCUGAGGAAGUUCUCUUGUCAUCGCUGUCAAAGAUAGAAUCCUUUUGGCUCAAGGGGAGUGGACGAUUUUUGGUUGGCAGCAAUCAACCAUCCAUAGCAGAUCUAAGCCUUGUCUGUGAAAUAAUGCAACUGGAGGUUUUGGACGAGAAGGAUAGAAAUCGAAUACUCGGUCCUCGUAGGAAAGUUCAACAAUGGAUAGAGGAUACAAGAAAUGCAACAAGGCCUCACUUUAAUGAAGUGCACCAAAUCCUCUUUAAAGUUAAAGCAAAACUGGAAAAACAGCGAUCAAAGAGAGCUAUUAAUGAGACCGAAUCAAGCUCGAAAAUAACAUUGCACUCUAAGAUAUAGCAAUUCAUUGAUAAAUGAAUAAACAUUUCUGGGUUUAUCUUUAUCCUGUAUGGGUAUAGGCCUGACUCUGAGCCAAAGAUCAUUGAAAUUUCAAAGCUAAUAUGUAAAAAAUAAUGUAAUUCUCUGUAAAACGACUGGUUUAGAUAUCCUCUUCUCAAAUAAAGAGAUGUCGUUUAUCCUUUGCUUAUAA